AUGGUGACGGAUGACGCGGCACAAGAACACGACACCGGGGCCCACCUUCGCGUGGUGAGCAAACAUGACAUGUUGUGCCAACGCCGGUGCGAGGACAGUUUGUUGAUCGUCUGUCGCCUGGGCCCGACGCAGCCCACAACUCCAAACUGUACUGAGUGCGAGGGGACUAAGGUUCGUAUUGAGGUGACAGGAGGAGCGGUGUUUGCUCGCGCGAUCGACGUGAUAACCAUCGCUCAGGGUGAUAAACUAGUCCAGGCUGUUAAUAAAACUCUUUGUCGUAGUGGUGUAACAAGCACUGGCCUGUACUCUUCCCACAGGGGUCGAGAGGGCGGUUAUAUUCAUUUCAUACCCGGCUUCACCGUUAUUAUAUUUUUACAAAUUUAUAAUAAAAUAAGGCUUAUAUUUAUUUGCAAUUAG